GCGCGCACUUCGGGGAGGAGCCGGUCCUGGACGCGGCCGCGCCGCAGAUCACCCCCAGCCAGCAGCAGAUCAUGCGCUCGGAAGGCGCCCAGCGCGUGCAGAGCAGCCCGAGCAGCUUUGCCGACCAGGGCGCUGGGCAGGCGUCGGCCAGGAGUGGCGCGCGCGUCGUGCCUGGCGCGGCGGACCCUCCCCUGGACGCCGGCAUCAAGCUUUCCUACCCGUCCUACCCCUUCUUCGGCUCCGUCGUGACGGUGGGCGAGGAGGCGCCCGGGUCCUCGGCGUACUCCAGCCAGCCGGUGUCCUCGGGCUACCCCAGCAGCAACCGCCAGCCGGUGUCCUCGGGCUACCCCAGCACCAACCGCCAGCCGGUGUCCUCGGGCUACCCCAGCACCUACCAGAGCCAGCCCGCGGCGUACCCCGGCUAUGUGCCGCACGCGGCGCCGGCGCCAGUUCCAGUGGCGGUGUCAGCUGGACUGCCCCGAGCGCCGCAGUACGGACGGUGA